UAGAGAGAACAUAAAAGUAAGCAGAAUAUUCAAGCCUUUACUUAGAUUUAGAGUGGAUGUAGUGGACCUAGUGGUUAUACAUACAUAUCAUGCAAGUUUAAGUAUCAACCAAUGACUUACUCUCAGCUGAAAGCAUAUCUUUUUCUUAACUAUUCGGUGUGUCUAGAAAUGGUGAGGUGAUAGUCAGAUUAGAGAUGCAUAGAUUUUUGUUGCUAAGUGUAAAAGAAUCGCCCUUAAUAUUUUGUUGUUAACUAAAAUAACUAUAUGAAAUUAUUUAAAUAUAUAACUUUAUGUACUUUAAAUAUAUAUAAACUAGAAAAUGAAUUAGUAGUUUAUAAGUUUAUAACAAAUGAAAAUGAAUUGCUAACCAACUAUUAUGAUUUAGUUAUUUUAAAAUAUUCUUAUAUGUAAGUAAUCUUAUGAUAUACUACUUUUUUUAAAAUGACCCGACUACUCGCAGUGUGUGCAACUCGUUACACACAAAUAUCAAACGAAACAUUUGGACAUGAUUGUGUUGUUUUACGAGUGUGUAUGCAUGUCUAAAUAGUUUUUUUUUGUCAUCGCAUGUCUAUAUAGUUUAAUUUACAAAUAAAAGUAUUCUUAUAUUUCACGUCUAUAUCUUCACAGCCACUAGUAUGUUCUAUACCUAUAUUAUCGUAUACGUUUAUUCCUAUUGAUAUUUUCAGUCACCAAAAAAUUAUUUGAGAAGUUGAAUAUAAUUUUCGAGACCUCAUUUGAUAAAUAAUUUGCCAUAUGUUAUCACCAAACUAAUUUUAAAAAGAAAAUGAUGACAUGACAUAUUAACAAUGAUGACAUGAUUUGAAACUAAUUAUGAUAUGUACAUUUACAUUUAUAUUGAUUUAUAUUUUUGGUAAACUGUUAUAAAUAUGAUAAUAACUCAUAGAUCAUCAAUAAAAUAAAAGAAAAUAGACAUUAAUAAUAUUUACAAUUUUCAAAAUAUUAUUUAAUUCUAUUUUAUAAUUAUAUAUUUUUUAUUAUUAAAAAAAAUUUCAAACCCUCUUGUUGACAUUAUUUGAGAAGUGAUUUGCCAUGUGUUAUCACCAUACUGAUUUUGAAAGAAAAUUAUGACAUUGCAUAUUAAAAAUGAUAACAUGGUUUAAAGCUAAUUGUGAGAUGAAAAUUUUGGUAGUUUUUUAAAAAUAUGAUAAUAACUCAUAGAUCAUCAUUAAUAUAAUAAUAAAUAAUAUAAUAGUAGAUAAGUAAAUAUAAUAAUAUUUAACUUUUGAAAAAAUAUUUAAUUAUAUAAUUUUUAUUACUAAAACAAUUCUUCAAAAUUUUAUGCAGUGUUAUAAAAAUUAUAAUUUUCUAAUCUCAAUACCAUUAUUUUCUUUUUAAUAUCUACAAAUUUUAGAAAUAUUACUGUUUUACGUUUUGAUAGUUAUAUACCUAACAAUUUUGUUCUUAUUUUUAUAGAAAUUGAUUUAAUAUUUUAACCAAAAAAUAGAUACAAAAUCUUUUCAAUAUUGUAAUUUAAAUAUAUACAUAUAAUUAAAUUAAAAUUUAAAAUUAAAUAUUGUAAGCAAAUAAUAAAAUAUAAAAAUUAACAAAAAAAAUAUUUUUAAAUAUAAUUUAAUUUUAAAGCUUUUAUUUCUACAUAUACAUAUGGUAUGGUGCUGGAAAACACCUACUAUCUCCCAUAUUUAAACAGUAAAAUAUACUAGAUCUUUGCCCUCUUUUGAUAAGAUGAUGUAUCAGUAAUUAGCUCCACCUCAUUAGUUCGAUUAAGGCAAAUGAUAACCAAAAAACAGUAAAUAAAAUGUUAAAAGCAAUAAUGGUAACAAAAUCCAUUUGAUGCAUGAAUGAUUACAAAAACAAAGUUGAUCCAAAGCCACGUUUACCAGUUCAAGGCAGACAAAUCUACCAGUAUUAUAUCUAACCAUAAACUUACAACUUCUGAAUUAUCCUUUAUGUUUUGUUCAGUUUAUAAAACUCAAAGCCUUCCACAAUUAAUGGAGUCAUAAGCUGAUCUAGAUAGAGGUUAGUAGAUUACAGAAAACAUGCAAGAACUUACUUCUACGUUCGUCACUCGUUCCCUCGUCCCGACCACUUACACACGACCACCUCAACUACGACCAAAGUCAAUAGUUCCCAUGACCGUUUGCAUGGACCAAUCACGCAAGGAGAAAGUGGUUGUCAUAAUGGGAGCCACGGGAACAGGCAAGUCACGUCUCUCAGUGGGCCUAGCAGCUCGUUUCUCCGGAGAGAUCAUCAACUCUGACAAAAUGCAAUUCUACAACGGACUGGAGAUCGCCACUAAUCAAAUCACUAUCCCUGAGCGGUGCGGAGUCGCUCACCAUCUACUCGGCAAGCUUCCUGUAGAUGACACCGAACUAACUGCCUCCGAGUUCCGCUCUGUGGCGUCACGUUCUAUCUCUGAGAUAUCCUCUCGUGGGAAGCUCCCGAUAAUAGCAGGAGGAUCUAACUCUUUCGUACAUGCCCUCCUUGUAGAUCGUUUUGACCCCGUAACCAAUCCAUUCUCUUCUAAGCCGUCUAUUUCUUCUGAGCUGAGGUACGAUUGCUUCUUCCUCUGGGUGGAUGUCUCGGCCUCAGUUCUGUACCACUACCUCUCAAAACGUGUCGACCAAAUGAUGGAGUCGGGAAUGUUCGAGGAGCUCGCAAGUUUCUACAACCCUAGAAACUCCCGGUCCACAAUCCGAACCGGGAUUCACCAGGCUAUAGGAGUACCGGAGUUCGACCGGUACUUCGGAGUCUACCCGCCGGAAAAAAGCCACAAUGUGUUCGAGUGGGACCAAGCGAGAAAGGCGGCGUACGAGGAAGCAGUGCAUGAGAUCAAAGACAACACGUGGCGGCUUGCGAAGAAGCAGAUAGAGAGGAUCAUGAUGCUGAGAAGCAGCGGUUGGGAGAUUCACAGGUUGGACGCUACGGCGUCGUUAAGGGCAUCGUCAAGAGAGGUUUGGGAGAAUAAGGUUUUGAGGGAAAGCGUCAAGAAUGUGAAACGCUUCUUGCUUAAAGACUAGAGGAUUGAUUUAUCUACAUAUAUAAUAAAGAAAACUAUAUGUAUAGUCUGUUUCAAAAAGAAAAAGUAUAGUUCUGCUACAUUUUAAGUGUCUUUAUAUGUUGGCUUGGGGCCUUGGCUAUAUGUAUCAAUAAAACUAUAUCAUUGCAGUUUUACAUACUAUACUGACGUAAUUCAUGAGACUACUGUAUAUGGGUGUUACACUAUAUCCUUCUUUAACGUUCAUAGACAUUCUCUUACUGUGUUCAGUUUAUAUGUAAAACCGCAAGAUGGCUUCUUCCAGUCGGACUCUCCGACUUCCUAUGAAAUUAUCGUCGAGGUGACUUUGUUUUGACCGGGAAGGUUCUAAGAAAAAUCAUCCUUAGGCUUUAGGUAAGGCGGCAGCGAUGGCUCGGGAUGGUCGUCUCUCCAGGAUUUUUUUUUUUUAAUGGUUUCUUUAUUCUGAUAUACCUGAUCAAAUCUAGUUUAUUUUUUUUUUUGUUUUAGUUCUAAUUUCUUGUAUCCAAUCAAUUUUUGUAAACCAUUUAACUAUGUCCCGUUUGGAUCAACUAAUAAAAAAAAUGUAACUACUGAAUUUUUAACUUCUUUUUUGUCAAACUAAUAAAUUAACUAUUAGUACAUAAAUCCCUUAAUUGUUAUGUAACGUUACCCGGUCUACAUCUUCUUCUUUUUUUUCUCUAGUGCAUAAGUUGGUAUGAUAGUCCAAGUAGUUAUAGUUUGGUAGUUUAUACUAAUUAUUCUAAGAGGAAGAUUAAUUUUGAUAGUUAUAUCAUGUCGUGGUCGUUGUAAAGUACAAACGGAUCAACUCAGUCACCUUAAAAUAAUAAUCUGAAGCAAAGGAUUAUAGAAACAUUUCUUCAUUAUUCAGAACAAAAACAUUUAUUUUCC